UUCAGCGUGAUAACACGCAAAUAACCACACAAGACGGAAACUGUCAACAUUACCUAUUUAUUAAUACGAUUUUUUAAACGUCCGCUUUAAACGUUAGCUCGGCUAGCCUGCAUACCGUUACUGUUUUGCUAACAUUUCAUGGGUUUGCUAACUAGUUACUUUGGGGUUAUUAUCUUACUAAAUUAACCUAGAGGGUUGACUAAUGUUAGCGCUGUACAUCUAAACAUGACUUGCUGGAGGAUGGCAGCUAAGUUAGCAGAAACCACGGCACUUUUGUUAAGCCAUGAAAUUGGAAAACAACACGAUUUCUGGUGUAUGUUGCUCAGCAAUGAGAGAGCUUUAUCCACCUGACCACAGCUGGUCUCAGACAUGACGAGAGGAUGACUGAGAAUGGAGAGGACAGCAGCCUCCAUCAGUACCGUGAAGCUCCUGACAAAGGAGAUUCAGGUGUCAGUGAGAGCAGGCCACUCAAGACCUCCUUAGUAGAUGUCAAACCCUGCAAGGAACAGGAUGCCCCAAAACUCCCUGCUAGAAACGGAGAGGGAGAGAUAAGUCCGUACCACCCUCGGCCACCCUCACUCCCCAGGCAGUCAAAGUCCAGCAGAAGUGGCUCAGUUGAGGAGACGGUGAGGAACAGGAGGCUGAGAAACAGCCAGGAGAGUCUGAGUGACCCGCCUGAGACUGGCUCCUCAACAGACUCACUUAAAGAGGGCCAAACAGCUCCAGCUCCAGUUGGGUUUGUCAUCAGUAGUGCUGCUACCAUUAGGAACCAGGACUCCAGUGCGAGACCCCUCUCGGCUGUUACCACAGGAUCCCAAGUCUUCCGGGAGAGAGGGAGCAGCCUCUCUGAGUAUGAAAGGAGGCCUCACAGCCAACAGAGUGACCCCACGGACCAACGGGUGAGGUCCACCAAGGUGCGUCUGUCUCCGGUGCAACCCAUGGGGCCACUGCCUGCACUGGAGAAGAGCUUCGUGUCAGCCACUUUAAGGGCAGCUAAUAGGAUUGACAGGGAUCGUUUGGAUUAUGCCGUGCUGGCCAGAGAGAAGCUCGGGGAGAGACUCCACAGGAACCUGAGCGACAGCCGCCUUCUGGAGAACAUGGGGUCGGAUAGUGCCUCUGUCAACUCCAUGAAGUCCAGCUACAGCGUGCUUAGCCCCAUCAGACCGCAGGAUGUGAGGAACAGGAGCUUUCUGGAGGGCAGCUUGCUGGGAAGCGGUGCCCUGCUUGGGGCUGAGGAGCUGGACCGCUACUUCCCCGACAGGAGAGUGGGCAUCUACGUCGCCACGUGGAACAUGCAGGGAGAGAAGGGGCUGCCAGCCAACUUAGAUGAUCUCCUCCUUCCGACAGACUCAGAAUUUGCACAAGACUUUUAUAUUAUUGGGGUCCAGGAGGGCUGUCCUGACAGGAGGGAGUGGGAGACCCGUCUUCAGGAGACUCUGGGACCUUAUUACGUCAUGCUGUAUGCAGCAUCACAUGGUGUUUUGUAUCUCACUGUGUUUGUCAGAAGAGACCUCAUCUGGUUCUGCUCAGAAGUGGAGCAUGCCACAGUCACAACCAGGAUCAUCUCACAGAUCAAGACCAAAGGGGCUGUGGGAAUCGCCUUCACCUUCUUUGGAACUUCCUUCCUCUUCAUCACGUCCCAUUUUACCUCUGGAGACGCCAAAGUUUACGAGAGAAUACUCGAUUACAACAAAAUCAUCGAGGCUCUAGCUCUUCCAAAAGGCCUUCCAGACACCAACCCUUACCGCUCCAUACCCUCUGACGUCACCACAAGAUUCGACCAGGUCUUCUGGUUUGGAGACUUUAACUUCCGGCUGAGUACGGACCGGGUUGAUGUGGAGACCAUCAUGAACCGCACAGUAGGCAGCGAUAUGGACCCCCUGUUGGAGCACGACCAGCUCUCCAAGGAGAUGAAGGAUGGUUCAAUCUUUAAAGGCUUUCAAGAGGCGCCAAUACACUUUCUCCCCACGUACAAAUUCGAUAUCGGCUGCGACAUCUACGACACUACUUCUAAACAGAGAACGCCUUCAUACACAGACAGGAUCCUGUUCAGGAACAGGCAGGCUGAUGAAAUAAAAGUGCUCAAGUACACCACCUGCUCCAGCAUCAAGACCUCGGACCAUCGGCCUGUCAUCGGCGUCUUCCACGUCAAACUAAGGCCAGGCAGAGACAAUAUUCCUCUGGGUGCGGGACAGUUCGACCGAGGCUUGUACUUGGAGGGCAUAAGGAGGAGGAUCACCAGGGAGCUGAAGAGGAGGGAAGCCAUGAAGAACCAAAGUAGCAGCACCAUCUGCGCCAUCUCUUAGACCCCUAAAAUAGACUCUCCAGACCAGACCAAAUCAGACCAGACCAGACCAGACCAGCUGGACUGGAUAAAAACUGUGCCAGAAAGAGGCAGGUGGAAAAGGACCAAAAGGAAACCAGAGUUGUCUUAAUGACACAGAACCCAGUGCUGGUUGUGAUAGCUGAGCAGAGUGUGCCCUCUAUUGGGCAUUGUUUGGAACUGUGUGUGUGUGUGUGUCCUGCUGGUCGAGGGAAGUGGCUGGCUGUACUUGAGGGCAGGGACCUUGAGGUCAGACAGACAGAAGUUUGCAGACACAGCGGCAGUCUGGCCUUUAUUCAUUCAGCCCCCUCUACUCAAACAGGACUGGGACGGGUGCGGGGGGGGCUGCUGUCGUGGCUUACUCUUCAGUCACCUGCUGCAGUGUGAACUGAUUUAACCUUGCUGUCUCUGUGUCACUGCGAUUCAUUCUCUAAUUAAUUUCUAGGUGUUUAAAAAGCAUCGUGAACUACAGUGUUAUUUUUUUUUUUAAUGCUACAUCAUUGUUCAAAUGCCUUGUAAAUCAAAUAGCGUACCAGACAUAACUGCAGUAAGCAUUUAAGUGUCUCCCAUUGGUCGAUUUCUAACUUGAAUUUUAUUCUAAGCUGAAUGUUAUGAGAGGUCCAGUGGGACUGAGGUAGGGAGCUGUCGUUCCAUUAUGUCUGUCAUGAAGUCAAAUAUAUAGUUUCAAGAGCGUGACAUUAAUGAGCGCCACAGUCAUGAGGUUGUUACAUGCUACUGUUGAAUUUCAGGGAUGUCAAAUGUAUUUGACAGCUUAUAUUAAACUUUUUUUCUUUUUAAGGAACUCGCCUCCUGUAAAACAGAUGGAGCAUUUUAUUUAUACUGUUAACGCCUGUCACUACUUUUUCUUAUUAGGCCAAGUGAUCCUUUGCAACAGAUUGUAACUUAUUGCCUUAUCUGUCAUCUCACUGCUGUGUAACUUCCUGUGUACUAUCAACUGUCCAUGUACUGUACUUCAUGUAUCACAUUAAUGAACUUGCAUUCGCAGCAUGAAAAGCAGUCUGCUCCGAAAAAAAAAAAAAAGUGCCUGUGGGUCUCAUUUUCAUCUCCUUGGGACUUACUAUCUUUUUCUAUGUCACCUAUGAUGUAACACCCAUUAAUAAAUAUUUUAAACUUUUUAAAACA